AGCAGCAGCAACAGCAGCAGCAGCAGCCAGCCAGCCAACCAGCCAACCAGCCAGCCACACACACACAAAUUCUUCCUCAGAUCCUCACCUAAGCUUUCAGUAUAUCCAGAUCCGCAUCUUCCCUCAAGCCGGGAGAGGGAAAGAGGAAAGGGGGGGAGGAAAAAAAAAGCCAACAACUUAGCGGAAACUUCUCAGAGAAUGCUCCAAAACUCAGCAGUGAUUCUGGUGCUGGUUAUCAGUGCUGCUGCAACGCACGAGGUGGAACAGAAUGACUCUGUGAGCCCCAGAAAAUCCCGGGUGGCGGCUCAAAAUUCAGCUGAAGUGGUUCGCUGCCUCAACAGUGCCCUGCAGGUUGGCUGUGGGGCUUUUGCAUGCCUGGAAAACUCCACAUGUGACACAGAUGGAAUGUACGACAUUUGUAAAUCCUUCUUGUACAGUGCUGCUAAAUUUGACACUCAGGGAAAAGCAUUUGUCAAAGAGAGCUUAAAAUGCAUCGCCAACGGGAUCACCUCCAAGGUUUUCCUUGCCAUCCGGAGGUGCUCCACCUUCCAGAGGAUGAUCGCCGAAGUGCAGGAAGAGUGCUACAGCAAGCUGAAUGUCUGCAGCAUCGCCAGGCGCAACCCAGAAGCUAUCACUGAAGUCAUCCAGCUGCCCAAUCACUUCUCCAACAGAUAUUACAACAGACUUGUCCGAAGCCUUCUGGAGUGUGAUGAAGAUACAGUCCGCACUAUCAGAGACAGCCUGAUGGAGAAAAUUGGGCCCAACAUGGCUAGCCUCUUCCACAUCCUGCAGACAGACCACUGUGCCCAGACACACCCCAGAGCUGACUUCAACAGGAGGCGCACAAAUGAGCCACAGAAGCUGAAAGUCCUCCUCAGGAACCUUCGAGGUGAGGGGGACUCUCCCUCACACAUCAAACGCACCUCCCAUGAGAGUGCGUAAGCAGGGGGAGGUAUCCGCAGCCUCGACGAAUAGCGUUUUAGGGGUGUUGAUACACCAACUUUGAGUGUACUGUGCCUGGUUUGAUUUUUUUUAAGUAAUCUCUAUUUUCUAUCCCCCCUUUAAAGAAAAUUGCAUGAAACUAGGCUUCCGUAAUCAAUAUCCCAACAUUCUGCAAUGAUAGCACUAUUAUCAACAGAAUAUGUGUGAUCAUUCAUCCUCUCCUUGAGAGACUGUAGUCUCUUUUAUUCCCUUUUCUCUAUGAAUUCUUUUCCCAGAUCCCUACCAAUUGCUCCUCAAACACAAAAUGUUCAUGUAACUUCCCAGUCAUUGUAAUCUGACGACGUAGAACCCUUUAGAAUGAUCACCCAGUAGAGUUAGCCAAUACAAAACAACUUUAUUUAAAUGCAUGUCUUAAAUGCUCAUAAAUAUGUUGAAUAGAAUUCGUGUUAUGAAUCUGUGCUGGCCAUGGACGAAUAUGAAUGUCACGUUUGAAUUCUUGAUCUCUAGCGAGUCUUAUGGUC